AUGGAGCCCAAGAAGAUGAAGGUCGCGGAGCUCCGCGAGGAGCUCAAGCGCCGGGGCCUCGACGCGUCGGGCCUCAAGAGCGACCUCGCGGACCGCCUCCAGCUCGCGCGUCCGCGGCGCCCCCGAGACGCGCUCGACGAGGAGGAGUUCGGCCUCGACGACGCGGCGCCCGCCGAGGCGGCGGCGCCGGCGGCGGAGGCGGCGCCGGCGCCCGCGGAGCCCGCGGCCGCCGAGGAGCCCGCGGCGCCCGCGCCGGCCGCCGAGCCCGCGGCCGAGGCCGCGCCCGCGGCGUCCGCGGAGGACAUCGAGGCCAAGAAGAAGUCGCGCGCGGAGCGCUUCGGCAUCCCCGUCGUCACGACGGACGCGAAGAAGGCCGAGGACGAGAAGGCCAAGAAGCGGAAGCGCGCGGAGCGGUUCGGCGUCGAGGACGCGGGCGCCAAGAAGGAGGCCGACGAGGCGAAGAAGAAGGCGCGGGAGGAGCGCUUCAAGGACCCCGUCGUCGCCGCCGAGGAGGCGAAGCGCGCCGCGCGCCUCGAGCGCUUCAAGGACCCCGCGGUCAAGGCGCACGAGGCGAAGCUCAAGGAGCGCGCGGACCGCUUCGCCGCCGCCGCGAACUAG